AUGACUUCAUUGAGACUUGUUUUGACUGUCUCGAUUGUCUGGUUCUUGUCUUCACCACUACUGGGUAUUUCAGUCUCCUUCAUGAAUGUCGUAUGUCUUCAUUAUGCCACUGAAUAUCAACAGAGAGGGACUGCAAAGCUACGCCUGCAAGGAGCUGAUGGAGAUCAACAGCAACGAGGAGUGGAGAACGUGAAGGAUGAGAAGUUGGCUGUUGUGGAGGACAAAGCAGCAGCAUUGGUUGCUGUCAGACCGUCUGUUUGUGCUUCUACCAACUUGGUUCAAGCACAGGACACGGAGAUGCCAAAUUUCCUUGGAGUUGUAAAGGAAGUGAUGACGUCUCUAUCAGCCCAGUCAGACAACAAAGGAACAUCAAAUUUGACUGUUAGUGGGCGGAUAGUCACACUAAGAAAACCGAUAGGACAUGUGAAGAAGAUUGCAUAUAUUUGGAAGGUUGGAGCAAUGAAUGGCAUGUCAAAGUAGUGUCCAGCAAAAUCAUGCCACUAUUCAAGCUGCUAGUGCAACAGCUGUGACAUUUGUUGACCAGUUUACGAUGCUGUAUAAUUCAAUUCUAACCAGUUAUAGUCAUUACCGGUUGGAUAUAAUAAUAUAAAUACACACACA